AUGUUAUUUUACAAAAUUGGAAUAUGUUUUUCAUAUCAAAAAUGUUUAUUCUGUUUUACUGACCUAACACAAGAUUUAUGUGAAUGCGAUACUAAUCAAAAACCAACUCGUAACAAAACUCAAUCUAAAAGUCAAAUUUAUAGUAGACUUUACAAUCCUAAUAAUAUUCAAAUAAAUCAAAAACUAUUUCUUAAAAACUAUGAUCAUAUUUUUGCUUUCAAAGAGACAAACUUUUCUUCAGCUACUACAAGUGUUAGUAAUCAUGCUAAAAAAAGAGUUAAAGAUACUGACUUUUCUUUAACUACAAGUAUUAAUGAUGAUAAUGAUUCUGACUCUUCAAUAAACUCUAUUUCAUCAGAGAAAGGUUCUAAUUUUGAUUCAAAAUUUGAA